CAGCUGUCAAAUCGCUGUUUAUUUUCUACUGCUAGAUUGUGUGUGCAUGAUUUUGCAAUAAAUUAAAAUAUCUUUGUUUCUGAUAAAGUAAACUUAAUAAACAAUAUCAAAAUGUUUGGUUUCAACAUGUUUCAUGAAAUAUCGAGGCCUUUCAACAUGACCUACAGAUGCUUCUCAGUGUCCAUGCUGCCAGGAAACGAGAGGCAGGAUGUUGAGAGAGGAGGCAAAAUAAUCAUGCCACCGUCAGCGCUAGAGCAGCUAACGAGGUUGAAUAUAGAGUAUCCCAUGAUCUUCAAACUGACCAAUAAGAAGUCCAAAAGGUCCACACACUGCGGAGUGUUGGAGUUUGUGGCAGAUGAGGGGAAGGUGUACUUGCCACACUGGAUGAUGGCCAAUUUGGUGAUGGAGGAGGGCACUCUGCUCCAGAUUGAGAGUGUGUCCCUGCCCGUUGCAACAUUCUCCAAGUUCAAACCUCUUUCUGAGGACUUCUUAGACAUAAGCAAUCCUAAAGCAGUACUGGAGAACUGUCUACGUAACUUCUCAUGCCUGACGACCGGUGACGUCAUCGCCAUCAAGUACAACUCCAAAGUGUACGAGCUGUGCGUGCUGGAAACCAAGCCCGGGAACGCGGUCAUCAUCAUCGAGUGCGAUAUGAACGUGGAAUUUGAAUCUCCCGUCGGCUACAAGGAAGAUGAGCGUCCAAGCCGCGAGACACAGGGCGAGGCGGAACAUGACCCCGCAGCCCUCAUGCCCGAGCCCAGCGGCUUCGUGGCCUUCAAGGGGGAGGGGAACAGGCUGGAUGGCAAGAAGAAGAAACUGGUUAGCGAGAGCGACUCCGAGCCGGCGACGCAAAGUCGACAGCCCUACGUCCGCGGCAUUCCCGACUACGAGUACGAGAUCGGCACGAUCCGCUUCAUCCGCACGCGGCCGUCCAGCGCGCGCGAGGACACGCCCGUCCAGCCCUUCGAGGCCUUCAAGGGGGAGGGGUUCACACUGCGCACUGCCAAGUCCAACUAAUCAUCUACAGCUUACGCCGCUGACGGCAACCGCCAUUGGUUAAAACAACACAAACGAAUGGCGGUCGGCGUCAGCGUCGAGUGUGCAUGCUCAGAACAUUCAUCCGUUCGGGUUAAGGCAUAGAGUAGGAAUCCUCUAGACGGAGUUUAGAGCUAUUAUUUCAUGAAACCGAUGCUGCCAAAAAUACGGGGGUGCGGGGGACGAGGUGAGCGAGGUCCCGUGCCGUGAUUGGUCCGUUCAAAGACACGGACGUCACACAAAGACACUUUCGACUCGAAAAUGGAGUAAAACUACCGUAUUUGUGGCAGAGGGGGUAGAGCUACUAUGCUCAGUCUGGAGGAUGUCUUGUCUGUGGGUUAAGGCUACCUGUUAACUGGGGGAGCGAGGUAAAAAUCGACCAAUAGCCGGGUCCACAUAGAGCGAGCAUACGCG